CUCAUUAGCUGUCUUCUUGCUUCCCAGUAUCUCUGGCUUUCUUGCUUGUCUUUAGAGCUGGACACCGAAUCAGGGCUGGACACCGAAUCAGGGCUGGACACCGAAUCAGGUGGGUCUUCUCGUUUCCUCAUGUAGGUUACAUAGAGGGCAUGUGGGUUGAGUUUAGGUUACAUAGAGGGCAUGUGGGUUGA